GCGGGAUUUAUCGGAAUGCGGUGGGAAAAGCAAUAGCACCGUCUUUGGACGCGCGCAGUGUUUAUUCGGUUGCUAGCUAAUGUUUGUUUGAAACUAGUUCGCGGCAUUAUUGGGACGUCUAUGAGCUGAGUGAUGUGCAUGUGCAAUAUGAAGAAUGGAAGAAGACGAUGUCACGAUCAGAGAGCAGAAUUUUCACAGUCAAGUCCGAGAGUACAUUAUCUGUUUCCUGUUGUUUGCUGUGCUCUACAUCGUGUCCUACUGCAUCAUAACACGAUAUAAGAGGAAGACUGAUGACCAUGAAGAUGAAGAUGCGGUCGUUAACAGAAUAUCUAUGUACCUGUGUACGUUCACUCUGGCCAUAUCUGGAGGUGCUGUCCUCCUCCUCCCUUUCUCCAUCAUCAGUAAUGAGAUCCUUCUAUCGUUCCCGAAGAACUACUACAUCCAGUGGCUCAACGGCUCGCUCAUCCACGGUCUGUGGAACCUCGUCUCGCUCUUCUCCAACCUGUGUCUCUUCGUCCUCAUGCCUUUCGCCUAUUUCUUCCUGGAGUCUGAGGGAUUCGCCGGCUCGAAGAAGGGCCUGAAAGCCCGUAUCCUGGAGACGUUUGUGAUGUUGUUUCUGCUUGCUCUGCUCAUCCUGGGCAUCGUGUGGGUCGCAUCAGCGCUUGUCGACAAUGAUGCAGCCAGCAUGGAGUCUCUCUACGACCUGUGGGAGUUCUACCUGCCCUACUUGUACUCGUGUAUCUCUUUGAUGGGUGGAUUGCUGCUCUUGAUGUGUACUCCAGUGGGUUUGUCCCGGAUGUUCACUGUAAUGGGUCAGUUACUAGUCAAACCUACGAUUUUGGAGGAUUUAGAUGAACAGUUGUACUGCAUUCAGCUGCAGGAGGAAGCAUUACAGCACAAAGUCCACGGUUCAGUGCCUCUCUUACUCACCGCCUCCCAGAACCUUCACAAAGAGCUGGAGAACGUCCGCUCGCGGAGAUGCAAGCUGGAGAGGAGGAAGAAAGCAUCAGUUUGGGAGAAGAACCUUCUCUACCCCAUUGUCAUGUUGAUACUACUCGCUGGCACGGCCAUCUCUGUGUUUCUGGUGGCUCUGAACAUUUUGUACCUGCUGGUGGAUGAAACUGCGUUACCGAAAGGAUCGACGGAUCCUGAGAUCGGGAACGCAUCUCUCUCUACGUUUGGUGUCGUUCAGGCUGUGGUUGAAAUCGUCCUCAUGAUUUACCUGAUGGUCUCCUCUGUUGUUGGGUUCUACAGCCUUCGUAUCUUUCAGGGACUCACACCCAGGAAGGAUGACACCACAAUGACCACAAUCAUCGGCUGCUGCGUGUCCAUCCUGGUCUUGAGCUCGGCCCUCCCCGUCAUGUCCCGAACACUCGGAAUAACGAGGUUCGACUUGUUGGGGGAUUUUGGUCGCUUUAACUGGUUGGGGAAUUUCUACAUCGUCUUGUCCUAUAACCUGCUGUUUGCUGUGGUGACCACACUGUGUUUAAUCACCAAGUUCACCUCCGCUGUCCGAGAAGAGCUGCUCAAAGCACUCGGUCUGGAUAAGCUAAAUCUUUCCACCAGUCCCACAGAACCCGAGUCGAGUAAACUAGCAGCUAACGGCCAUCAGAAGACCCUCUGAACUUCACACACACACAAGGUGAAAUAGGGUACGGCCGGAGAGAAGACACCUUAUUACCACACACACACAAAACCCCAUCACAUAGCUUUGUUCCCUGCAGCAGGACAUUAACAGUGCAGACUUUUAUUAAGCUACUUUAUUUAAGGUCCUACCUUCAGUUUUCCAUCACCACACACACACACACCAUUAAAUGUUUGCUCAUUUUAAUGCAGUUUUAAACCCUUUUCCCUCUUCAUGCUGUGAAUAAGCGGGCUCGGGUAAAAGCUGGAAGCAUUAUCAUCAUGUAAGUGUUGUAAUUAUGUCUGUAUAUAUUCUUAUUUUUUUUUCUCGGUCAUUGUAAAUCUUUUGUACAGCGACAUUUGUUUUCAGUUGAUUUCCAGAAAUUCACCUCUGAUGCCUUAUGAGACAGGGGAGGAUUUUACAGACGCUUUAAUAGCUGUGACACAGAGAGUGUGUGUGUGUGUGUGUGUGGCAUGUAUUGAUGUGUGUGCUACUUGCUGACCCUGUCGAAUGUGACGUCAUUAGAUACUGCACACACACACACACACACACACACACACACACACCUAACAUGGGUGUGUGUAACAGUGCCGUGAAAUAAGAAGUCACUAAACUACAGUGACCGUGUCGCAAACUCGAACAGUCAGGUGAUGAGUGAGUGCUUAAUCAAGUAGCACUCGUAUAGUGCAGUGAUUAUACCACGUGACUCAUCCCAGCAUGGACACAUUAAUCCGUUGAAGUUGUCGAUCGUCGUGAUUCAUGGCGUCGGGUUUACCAGAUCCACUGAAUUUGUUCUAGUUGAAUCAGUUCUCGCUGGUAUUUGCUUAACCAAACCAAACGAACACGUGAUUGUUGUCCUAAUGAGUCAAAGUGUUGAUUCGUUUGAACAAAAUCACCACUCUGGGAUCUGAUUCACGAGAACCAAAGUGACACACGAUACUCCGUUUAAAAAAAAAAACAAAAAAAAAAAAAACCAACUCUUUACUAUUUGAUUCAUUACAAGAAGUGACGAUUCAAUUUGGUGACCGUGUCAUAUUUGAAUUUUAUUCGUUAGACCGGUAUUUGAUUCAUCCUGACUAAAUAAAUGCAACGAUACUGUUUGAUUCGUUAGAACAAGUGUUGAUUUACUUUGGCGAAUUAAGUACCGGCGUAUCGAUUGGUUGUGGUGAAUGAAAUGAGUCACAACAUUCUAAUUGACUCGGCUCAGUGAUUCCAGUGAGCUGACGAUGAUUUACUUGAACGAAUCAGGUAGUAAAGUGCGUGUCGUGACUCUGAUCGUCGGUACGUGCCUGGCACACCGGCGAGCGUGAACGUUGGACGGCUGCGUCUGCGAGCACCUUUUAAUAGACAGAUUCACUGUGACAGCUCAUGUGACCGUCUUAAAACAAACAAUAAAGGGCCAGUUUACAAUGCCAGUGAUGACAUGAAACAUCCGUGUGUUUUAAAUGGUGUUCAAAUGAGAUUCGAGCUUUUUAAACAGAUCUCACAUGAGGGACACUGAUUUUACAACCUGUGAAAAGGUCAUUUGUUAAAUCUCAGUCAAUAAAUAAAUAAGCCGACUCGUCACGUCUUACAUUUGAAUGUACUGUGUGUCUGAAGGACAAUUGUUGUUUUUUUGUUAAGUAAAGUAUGCAAAUGUGUUUUGUACAAAGUCAUUGUAUAAUAUGCAGAUUAUCAAAUGUCUUGUUUGUUUGUUUGUUUUCCUCGACAUCCUCUGGACCACAGAUAUAAAUGAACUAGUCGAAGGUGUGAAUGUUAUACUGUGAAAACAGCAGUUUAAUUUUUUAUUCCAUUCCAAGCAGCCAAAUUGCUUUUGUUUUGUUUUCUUGUCUGUCGUCACACGUCCGGGUCAGUGUGUUGGGAAUAAAAGGUUCUUUUUCAAUGCAAA